CGCUUGUGCCAACGGUGAAUUGUGUUCGUUAUUUCGCCCCGGAAAUCCUCUCAGUAUACUUUUUGAAAAAAUUGAUUUCGAGCUAUAUUGCCCUUUAUACAGGAUAUCGUGCUUGGCUUGGGAUUAUUACUAAUUCGACAGAUAAAGUGGUCUACUAUUUCAUUUGGAGAACACCUCUUUGCAUCUUAAUUGAGUUCAGUUCGGUCAGCAUUGGUGUUUGGUGUUUCGGGUUUGGUGUUUCUGGCAAGGAUUCUCUGUUCGAGCGAUAAGGCAGAAUUUAAACUUUCGGUUCGGGGGUUGAUGGAAUUGGAGCGUUUUAUGCAUCAGCAGCGUUUCUAUUUCUGUAUGUGUUUUUGUGUGUUGGUGUAAUUGGGUAUACUCGUAUAUAUUAUAAAAGCUACCGCCCUAAUUUUAAAGGAUUUUUUCUUAUCGUGGUCAUAGAAAUAAAACCAACCAACCGACUUCGUCCUUUACAUCCGUUGAUCCAGCUUCAGCCUCAGCUCCUUCUCCAUCUUUGUCUAUAUCAAAGUAAAGUUUUUGAGUGAAAAGUGAUUUUUGCGGUGGUGCUUGUUCGGUUAUCAAAUAACGGUUUUUCGGUUUGUCGGCUUGUUAGCUUGUGGGUGGAAUAUAAUUAAAAGAGGUACUUUUGAGCGCGGAAAGGCAAAUCUAAUUGGAAUAACGGUUUUUAUAUUCAUAAAAAACCAACCGAGUGACGACGAGAACAAGAACGUCAACAAGCAAGGAAACGGAAAGCCAGGAAGUUUUAGUGAAUUUUUCAAUCUUACCCGGUUAUAAAAAAAUCCAUCAAAAUUUUCACACUAAGAAUGGACACGAACUCAGUGAGUCCACUGCCACCGCCUGAAGCGCCAUUAGCUAUGAUGGAAAAUGAAAAAACACCACCUGGGAGUCCCUCGGCCAAUGAUAUGCCACCACCUCCUGAUGAAAACCUGGACGAUUCGAUUUCAACAAAAAGGAUAGUAAAAAGAAAAGGGCGCUACGAAGACGAUGUAGAAAACGCAUGGAAUUGUGGAUCAUGGUUCGAAUAUCUGAUGAUAGUAAUUCUCUCGACAAUUUUGCUCGUCGGAGUCUUGGUCCUGACGCUAUUCUGGAUUAUGUUCUAUCGGGGAGGAUUCGCGUGGUCAGAUGAUCCCACACUACAAUUCAAUUUGCAUCCAGUUCUCAUGAUUGCAGGAUUUGUCACAUUCUCAGGAUUCUCAAUUCUUCUCUACAGAUUGUGCAGAUGUCUGAAACACAUCUAUGUAAAACUUGCCCACAUGUUUUUCCAUGCUUGUGCCAUUCCAUGUGUAGCUUUAGGAUUUUUAUCCGUUUUCGAUUCCCACAAUCUAUCCGAACCGCCAAGGGAAAACUUUUAUUCAUUACAUUCGUGGUUGGGAUUUGUGACAAUGGGUCUGUUUGUUAUGCAAUUUGUUGUUGGAUUUUUCAGUUUUUUGGUGCUAUUGUGCUGUGAGAAUGCAACUUAUGGAUGCAGAGCGACUAUGGUGCCAAUUCAUGCUAGUUUUGGUUUGGUUAACUUUAUGCUAGCAAUUGCAACUUGUGUGACUGGUUUGGUGGAGAAAGAACGAGAAUUGACAGAAGUUAAGGACUUGAGCGUCAGCAACUCAAAAAUCGAACAUUACAUUAUGAACGCAUUGGGCAUCGUUCUAGUUGCAAUUGGAAUAAUUGUGUCAUUUGCUGUACGAAGAUCCAAUGCUCCAGCUACUGCCAAAGUUUAUGUUACAGAACGUAUUUAAAUUUAAGUUAAUAAAAAGUAAAUAAAAAAAUAAACAAAUCAAAUCAAAAACUCGAAAGCAAUUUGUGUAAUAAGAUAAUUAAAAAUAUUAAAAAAAAUUAGUAAUACUUCAUUUAAAUUUCUACUACAAGUUAUAAAACAAAGAGAAGAAUAAAAAAAGAUAUAUCUAUGUUUAUUAAGUAAAAUUUAAUAUAAUAAAAUAUACAUAAUUGUAUAUGUAUGAAUUAAAAAAAAAAAUGAGCCAAAAAGAAUAGUAAAAAUCUUACGCGAAAAUUAAUCAAUUAAAAUUUUGUACGUCUUCAGCACAACAAAAAAAAAAACAAAAAAAACAUAAAUCUAAAAAUUUCCAUUUUAUUAUUUUAUUUUUUGAAACACCUUAAUUGUAGAAAGAAUCGUUAAAUUAAGAAAACUCAUAAAUUUGUUACAAAAAAUAAUAAAUAAUGUAAAGUACUGUAUUAAUAUACCUUUAUAUAUUUGUUUUCACUCGUACACGCGUGUACCUAUUGUUAAUAAGAAUAUAAAAUUCGUUUUGAAUUGUCAAA